AGUUCCGGUCACGUUGCUCGGUGUUUACGCCUUGAUCCCGCCCCGAAGCCCCCCCUUGACGCCCCGGAGCACCCCUCCUUCUCCCCCAGCCCCCCUCGUCAGAGCCCCCCAGAGACUGGAGCCGGCCAGCCCCGGCACCUCCCGCCCGCGUAGCUGAUGGAGCCGCAGCCAGAGCAGGCGCCACAGAGACCCGGGAGCAUCUAAACGGGUUGGAGGAGAGGCGCCCCCCACCCCAGCCUCCCCAGACCCAGCUGCUGUUCUCCUCGGCCGGCCGAACCCGCCGCUCCCUCGGGUCACGAAGGGCCUGGGCCCAGGGUUGCGAUGGAGACUGUGUCCCUGGAGCAUCAGAUCCAGAGUGUGCAGAGGCACAUUGCCUUCUUGAAGAAGGAGCAGAUGGAGUUGCUUCGAGACCUGCACCUGGAGAUCCUGCGACUACAGAAGCACUGUUCAGAACUGACCCGUGACCUGGAAGCCAAAGAGUCACAAUCAGACCAACAAGAGGAGGCGUCGCGGCAUCUGGAGGCCAAGUGCCGGGCGCUAGAGGAGCAGCUGGCGGCGCGGGAGCGAGGCAACGGCGAACUGCGGCGAGAGCUGCGGCAGCGCGACGCGCUCGUGUGGGCGCUGCGCUCCAGCCUGCGCAGCAAGGAGCGCCGCUUCCUGGAGGAGCUGCGGCGCCGCAGUCACCGCGCCACCGUGCUGGGCACUGAGCUGCAGAAGCAGAGCGAAGCGGCUGCCUACCUGUCCUUUCAGCUGCACGCCGCGCGCCAGAGGUUGCACGGGCUGCCCCGCGCCGCCCCCGCCCCCGGCUCUGUCGGGGGCGCAGCAGCGUCGGCAGCAACAGUUACGGCCACCUCAGCCGCAGCCCCCGCCCCCGCGACAGGAGGCCGGGACCGAGUCCCGCAGGCCGCUGAAGGGCGGCCCAGGAAACGCGGGUCUCGGGGCCGUCGGCCCCCUCCGUCGCUGCUCGUCGAGCCGUGCUCCCUGGGAAGCGCCAGGGACUGGGCGGCUUGGGAGCUGAGCUGCAGGCUGGACGAGGCCGAGCCCGAGCCCAUGCCCGACCCUGCCCUCUUCCUUUCCGCCCGUAGACCUCCGAGGCCCAGGGCUCGGGACAAGGCCCCCCAGACGUGCGCCAGCCCCCGCAAGCCUGUUCACCGGGAACCCCCCGGGGAGGCUGCCGCCGGCCCCGCCCAGCCCCGAUCCUGCAAGAGUCCACCGGGGAGGAGGCCGGCCGCCCCCAGCCCCGAUAGCUCGGUUGACCUGGAGUAGCAAGAAGCCCAGGGGCAGAGGGAUAGCGAGAUGGGACGGGACCCCUCUCACCCCGGGGCGGACACCCACGGCAGGCACUCCCUAGGCGGAAAGCCGGAGACCUGGAACGGGACUGCCUAGGGAGAGCAGGCUCAACCGGAGCGCCUCGGGCUCCCUGCGUGGGCCCAGGGAAGUAAAGGAAGGGUCUGGGCCAAGUAGGCUGGAAACGGGGGCCUCUGCAACUGAGCGGGUGGGAGAUGAUAGAGGGACCAGCUUCCUCCCCCACCCACCCCCUUCAUUUAUAUUCACAGACUUCUCUGAAGCUUGGCCACUUACCCCCCCCCCCCCCUCCCCGCGCUCUCCAACGUACCCACCCCUUUGGCCUUUGGGAAGGAGGCAGCUCCUUCUUUGAGAGGCGGGGAGGAUUACAAUAGGGAGAGUAAUUGCACACAUUUGUAAAAAGGAAAUGAUUUAUCUAUAUUCUCUUAUAUAUCUCCUUUCCCAGUGAGAGGGGAGGGAGAAGGUCGCAGGGAGUAAAUCUGACAAUCGGCGGCGGGGGGUGGGGAUGGGGCGAGUGGAGAAAGGGACGGUUGCAAGCAAAUAGUCGCCUCGGACUUUAGAGCGAGGGAAAAGGCUGGUGGCCAGAGAAGAGGGGAAAUCCUGCUGCCUCUGGUUGUCCCUGAGACCUUGGAGCGCCUCUCCUACCCUCUCUCCGCCCUGCAUGGCUUCCGCGCCCCCUCCGCAGAGCCGACCUCCACGUAGCCGGUCCAGUAGUCCGGCAGGAGGCGGGGCGGGGGCGGGGCCUCGAGAAGGUGAGUAUAGCCCCUUCCGCAACAGCUUUGCAAGCAAGCACGAAACACUUUACCCCCCACCCCCAAGCCUAACCUCCGGCCGGGGACCCGGGCCGGGAAUCCUCCUAGUCUGCGUCUUUGCUACUUCCUUCUCAGCUCAGGAUGAGUGGGUGAGGUGGGCCACCCUCGCCUGGAGCUUCAGCACUCGCUGCCCUGGGCCAGGGGGGAACUUCUGCUCUCCGCUUGCCGUAGGAGGGCUGGGAAUGGGAACCUGCCAGAUUGCUCGGGGAGGCUUUCUGGGGCUCUGUUCUUUGGUACUCCUUUCAGCUGCAUCCCAAUGAGCUGGCUGGGGCUGAAGGGAGAGGCUGGCUGCCGGGAACUGAGAGUCAUUAAUGUAGGUGUGGGGUUGGGGUCCUCAAAGUCGUAUCACAGCACCCUCCCUCUCCGCUGGAGACACCUGCCCCAGGGGCUUGCUGGAUCUCUUGAAGUCCAUUUUGCUUAGGUGGGGGGGGGGGAGAAAAGGACGGAGAGCGACUCCCCAAUGCACAAAGCCUCAGCUUUCAACACCAGCCUCUGCCUGGGGCCUCAUAGGCUCCCCCACUCCUGGGAACAAGGAGAAAUUGGAAUCCAGGAAAAGGAGAGGGGCAACCCUAACCAUUGGCCCGGCCUAGGCAGAGGGGGAGAGAAAUGCACGGGGUGCAUCCUCCCCUGGACGCUCGGGCCGUUAGGAGGGAAGGGAACACUGCAAACUCAGCCUAUGCUAUUCAGCCUUGGAAUGGGUCUUGGGGCCCAGUUUUGGUUCUGUAGCUGCAGGUCGUGCCAGUCUGGACAUCUGUCCAACUAUGUCUCCCCAGAAUCAGGAGGGGGCAAUAAGUGAGUCUCUUACCAAAUCCCUAGGAAGAAAACGCUAGAACAGUGUAGGGAGAAGCCACUUUUCUCUGCUUUCUCAUAACUCCUCUGCCUAUUCUAGGUUUCUCCUGCUCCCAAACAAAGGGGAGCCCCCUAACCCCUAUGAAUCCAGUCAGGAAGAGCCCAGCCCCCUAGUGGGUCCUGCAUUGAGCCCUAAGUGCCUGUCAAGAGUUUCCAGAGUUGGAAAAGAGUUUGUUCGGAGGGGGAGGAGAGCAGGACCUUCACAUAUCCAUAGUCCCUGGUACACUCCCCAAAUAGGCCUCAAUCCCGGAUUCUGUUUUCCCAAAUGAUUUGAUUUCUCAGCCUUCUUCCCUUUGUGGGGGAGGGGAAGGACCCAGGACCCUGCUCCCAUCCACCCUAGAGGACUCAUGGAGUGCUGGAGAAAUUGGGAGAUAGGAAAGGAUCAAGGCAAGGAACGAGAGAGUGUGCCUAAUUCAAGAGAGGAAAGAUCUGAAAGGGGGCCUAGAGAACCCUUGUUUAAGAUGGGGACGCCGGGCUUAUCUUCUGGACCCCACAUUCAUACCCAAGUCCCCCAGAAAGCCAGUUUUGAAAAAGUCUUCGUCUAAAGUUGGGGGACGGGGGAGGCUGGUCAUUAGCGAGGGGUCUCCAGAAAGAUUCUCGGGGAAGAACCCGACGGCUGCUUCUCUCCUGGGAAGUGAUGAAGAUCAGCAGAGCUGAGCAAGCCAACGCCCAUUCUCCAAAGCACACCCAGAAGCCCCGAGCCCAUGGAGCCUGGUUUUUCCGACAGCCCCCUGGGGGCAUCUCACUAAGCUACUCCGGCUCCUUAUCCAUAGGACACCCAGCUAGAGACAGACCCCGCUCCAGCUCCAGGGCUUGUUUAUCUGGAUGCCCCGCUCCCCGCCCUGGAGAAUCUGCUGGCCUUCCCCAGGCUUUGGGAGUGAAACUGCUCCUGCCCCGAGGGCUGGCCGACUUCCGGAGAAGUACCUUCGCUUUCCCUUCCCCCUCCUCUCCCCUCCGCUCCAGGGGCCGCCGCUUCUCUCAGGGUCUCUAAAUCACCCGCUGCCUGGGGCUCCCGGGGACCGAUUCCUGAGUCUGUGGGUCACUCUCGGGCCCUCCUAGAUGGGACCUGAGACAGGGAGGGGAAGAGAAAAGGCACGCUGGCUCUCCUUUAGCCCGGAACAACGCACUGACCUUCGUCUCCCGGGGCUGCACACCAGGGAAGCUUGGAGUGACUUUUACUCAUUUGUUUUCUUUUGCAGUGGUGGGGAGGGAAUUUUCCCUAUCACCUAAUAAAAGCCAUAACUCCUUCAGCCCUGUGGCAAUAGCCCUCCUCUCCCUCUCCCUCUCCCUGAUUUGGCUCUUCAUUCCCAGAGUUCCCAGGCAAUUUCCAGACAGAGUCUUCGCCCACACAGAAAUCACCACCUAACCUGGCCAGCCUCUCCCCAGAUUACCCCACUUGGGCUCCCCAAUCGGCCUCUUCCCCGUGUACCCUCCCCCUCUUGGCAAAUGGAGAUAAUGGCACUUAAUCUUUGUUCAGGGUGCUUAGAGAUCCCCAGAUGAAAGAGUGUGAGUGCCGGGGAGCAAAGGGAGGGUCAUUACACAUUCAGCUGAGGUGGGAGGAAACAGGAAAGAAACUGGGUACCCACACACUGACACAUCACCACUACCACCAGCACUUAGCAGUAUCUGACACACAGUAGGCAUUUAAUAAAUGCGAGGUAGAAGCUGCCCACUCAAAUUGUAAAUGCUGCUAAGCCUUGGGGGGAGGGGGUGCCAAAUGGACAACUAUCCAGAUACUUUUUUUUUUUUUAACUCUUACCUUCAAGGCUGAAGAGUGGUAAGGGCUAGGUAAUAGGGGUUAAAUGAUUUGCCCAGGAUCACACAGCUGGGAAGUAUCUGAGGCCAGAUUUGAACCUAGGACCUACUGUCUCUAGCCCCCUCCCCCCCCAACACUCUUAAAAGAAGAGCUGGAAGAUGGGGAAAGGAUCAUAACUUGUUGAACUCCCUCAUUUUGUAGAGAAGGAAACUGAUAAGUGACUUAUAAAGCAAAAAGAGAUCUCAGAGAUCCCUCAUUUGUCUAACCCCCUCAUUUUUCAGAGGAAAGAACUGAGUAGAAGUGAUUUCCCCAGGAUCACACAGAAAGUUUCAGAAAGGAGAUUUGAACUCAGGUCCUCUGACCAUAGGCUGGCUUCUGACUAACUCGAUUCUACUGUAUAGGAACAGGGUCCUGGAAGGUCAGGUAAUAGAGUGAAAAGGCAGAUCUCCUCCCUAUCCCCCCCCCCCCAGUCCUCCAAAUCCUUAUCCCAGCUUGAGUCCUUACCCCAACUCCUACAGACCCUUAUCCCUAUCCCUAUCCCUCUAUCUCUCUGAUGGGGAAGGGGGGAGGGUACCCUUGACUCUGCCUCCUAAGAUCAGAAAGUGCAGACCUGUUUAUUUGUGCCUCUUCCUACCUUCUCUCAGAAAUGGGUAUACCACAAACCAGAGCUGUAUGAACCUGGCAAGGUGGGAAUCUGGGGUAAUGCCAUCCUACUAAAGACUAAGGAGGGAGAUCUCUUCUUGGCUGGGGAAGGGGAACAUCAAGAAAGGUUAAAAAUUAGGGGAGCUGCGGCCCUAAGGAUACCGCUUUCCUCCUCCCCCUGCCACUGCCUGCCCACUCUGCUUUUGAAAUGCUGCUGAUAUUUUGUUAGUAUCAAAUACAAAUCGCACUUUCACCUCUCUCUCCCCUGUCCUAUGGGGAGAACUAACUGGAAUUAAAUUCUGCAUCAGGCCAAGGUGUUCAGAUGGGGUGUGGGCAGAUGUGACAGCUAAGCCCACUGUGCCCUCAUCUAGCCUCAGGUGGGAGGGAAUGCCCAUGUAAAAUCCUCCCCAUUCCACAAAAUGAACUCUCACCUGACUGUGAUAUCGCACCUGGCUGCCUUGAUUCCCUUGGAAAGUGUCUUUAGGUCUACAGGGAAGGGGAGGAGAAUCCAACUGUGUUGUUCCCCAACUAUGUUUGGGAAUGGGAAUGUGGGGAGUGAGUUGGCUCAUCUAUCCUGGAGACAAGGACCCUCAUUUCCAAUAUCACUUCCACCUGGCUCUGACCUCCAGCCUCGGCAGUCUCCUGAUCUGGUAUUUUCAGGCUAGAAACAUGAAGUCCAUCCUCAUCCUUCCUCUACCUACCCAGACUCCCCUGACUGCUCCUGCAAUGAGAAGGACCAACUCCCUCUCCCUCCUUGGGAAAUGUGGCAGGUAGCAGAGAGCCCCCACCCCUCUAGGGAUAUAAUUCACUUAGGAUAGGGCUGGAGGGGUAGAAGAUUGUGGCAAUAGACCCGAGUCCCCCAUGGGACAACCCAUUGGGUGAAAGUGGGAGGCCACUGAGUGUUAUAGACGGUGUGAGUCGAUGUGGCCUGGCUUUCUCCUUGGCUUAAGCCUGGCAGAGAUAGGGCUUUUCAAAGUAUAUUCUCUUGAGAUCACCCACCCACCCACAGAAUUAGAGCCCUGUGCUGUAAGUGUGACUGUGGUAUGCCUUAUUCCUAAUAAAAAAAAAACAAGGAAAAA